AUGGGUAUCCAGAUGCGCUUUCAUAAGGACAAGCAGUCCUUCGUCUUCGUGCGACAGCUAGACCCAGCGCGUGACGUGCUAUACCUUCCAUUUGACAAGGUAGAUGAAUUCAUACUCGAGCCUAUCGAUCGCCAAUUCGAGCCAGAUCUUGUCGGCCGGAUGGUGGACGUGCAGCCAAACGUCAGGCACAUCGCCAUUCCAGAGGCGCUGUUGCAGAGCGACCCAGCUGCAAUACGCGAGAUAUUUGAUUCAUUCUAUCAUCCAGAGGUAUUCUUUAUUAUAAUAGAUGCGCAGCCCGAUUGGAACGAAAGCAACACGAAGGUACACCAACGAUGGGAGCUCGAUAUCACGCAGGGAAGAGGUUUCUUCUGGAAUUCCGAGCAUGGCCACUUUGACUAUAGCAUUGGACUGCCAAUGGAAGAUGAAAUCCUAUGUCAGAGGAUAGAGCGAGCUGUAAAAGACUUUGGGUCAUUAUUCAUGGGAAGCGAUCUUGUGGACGGCUUCGAGAUUCGGCCUGUCUUCGCUGUUAGAAAAUAA